AUGUUCUUCUCUCCCCAGAACGUCAGGAUUGACCCCAGCAGCCUGUCCUUCGAGAUGUGGAAGGAGAUCCCCAUUCCCUUCUACUUAUCUGUUUACUUGUUCAACGUCCUCAACCCGGAAGAAGUCCUGAAGGGGGAGAAGCCCAGCGUCCAAGAGCGGGGCCCUUACGUGUACAGAGAAUACAGACAGAAACGCAACAUCACUUUCCACGACAAUGACACGGUGUCCUUCUUGGAGUACCGCACCUUUGAAUUUCAGCCUCACAUGUCCCGCGGCUCAGAAACGGAUUACAUUGUGAUGCCAAACAUUUUGGUCUUGGGGUCCUCGAUGAUGAUGGAGCACAAACCCAUGUCUAUGAAGCUGCUCAUGAGCCUGUCGUUCAGCAUGUUCGGCCAGCGCGCCUUCCUGAAUCGCACCGUGGGGGAGAUCAUGUGGGGCUAUUCGGAUCCCCUGAUUGAUCUCCUGAAUAAAUACUUCCCUGGCAUGAUGCCAUUUAAGGAUAAGUUUGGCUUAUUUGCACAGUUAAACAACUCCAAUUCAGGAUUGUUCAAUGUAUUUACGGGGGUCAAAGAUUUCAGCAAAAUCCACCUGGUGGACAGGUGGAAUGGCAAGACCAAGUUAAACUUCUGGAAUUCAGACCAGUGCAAUAUGAUUAAUGGGACAUCUGGACAGAUGUGGGCCCCUUUCAUGACUCCAGAUUAUAACCUUCAGUUCUACAGCCCAGAAGCUUGCCGGUCCUUGAGUUUUAAAUAUGAAAAAUCAGGAGAGUUCAAAGGCAUUCCUACUUUUCGAUUUGUGGCCCCUGACACCUUAUUUGCCAACGGGUCUGUCUACCCACCGAAUGAAGGCUUCUGUCCUUGCCUGGAAACAGGAAUCCAGAAUAUGAGCGCCUGCCAGUCAAACGCCCCGAUGUUCCUUUCCCAGCCACAUUUCUUUAACGCAGACCCGGUACUGGUCGAAUCUGUCAUUGGGCUCCAUCCCAACAAGGACGAGCACUCCCUAUUCCUCGAGGUGCACCCGGUCACCGGCAUCCCCAUGAACUGCUCCGUCAAGAUGCAGAUAAGCCUCUACACAAAGUCCAUCCCUGGGAUCGGGCAAACGGGAAAAAUCAAUGCAGUUGUACUCCCUCUCGUUUGGUUUGAAGAGCGAGGGGCGAUGGAAGGCCAGACGCUCAGCGUGUUCUACACCAGGCUGGUGCUGAUGCCCAAGCUGGUCCAGUACCUGCAGUACGUCUUGAACGCUGUGGGCUGCCUCUUCAUCGUCCUCACUCUUAUCUUGGUCGUCAAGAACCAGGGAACAUUCUUUUUAUUUUGGAGUAGUGAUAAAAAGGUCUCAAAGAAUUCAGAGGCCAUUCAGUCCUAUUCUGAAUCCCUGAUGACCCCUGCUCCUAAUGGGACAGUGCUGCAGGAAGCCCGACUGUAGAGGACCUCCAGUUCUGAUCUCCACCAGGGGCUGGGCCCCCCGUCAGACCCGCUUCCCAGCUCCCAGACUCCCCUCCUCCAGGACGAC